CGGAAGGAGGAGAGCCAGACGAGAAACAAGAAGAAAGAGGAGGAGUAGGACGAAGAAAUCGAGCACCUGUACACGAAUCAGGAUUUUUUGGAAUAUUUUCAAAGCAUCCUUCCAUUUACAGCAGCAGCAUGGCUGAGGGCUCAGUGUCUGUGGCGGAGGUGGAGACCUGCUUCCAGAAGUUUGCAGUCCAUGGGGACACCAAGGCCACAGGGAAGGAAAUGAAUGGCAAGAACUUUGCUAAGCUCUGCAAGGACUGCCACAUCAUCGAUGGCAAGAACGUCACCACCACCGAUGUUGACAUAGUUUUCAGCAAAGUCAAGGCAAAGUCAGUUCGUGUAAUCACAUUUGAGCAGUUCAACCAAGCCCUUACUGAGUUGGCUCCAAAACGUUUUAAAGGCAAAAGCAAGGAGGAGGCACUGCAGCAGCUCUAUGGCCUCAUUGUUGGGAAGGAGCCAUCCAACGUCGGAAUCACUAGAGUGGCAAAGGCAGCAGCAGUGGAUAGACUGACUGAUACCACCAAGUACACUGGAUCACACAAGGAGCGGUUCGAUGACUCUGGCAAAGGAAAAGGGAAGGCCGGGCGUGAGGACAUCCCAGAUACCAGUGGUUAUGUGUCAGCUUACAAGGGCAGCGGCAGUUAUGAUGAAAAAGUGAAAGAAGCAUAAUCCUGAUGACAGAUUAUGAAAACCUCAACCUAAAUCAGGGGUAUUAAAAAAAGAACAAAUAUUCAUUGGCUACUCUAUUUUUGAAGACAAAAGAAAAUAUAUGUACUGUGGGCCUAUUAAUAACAUUCUGAAAACAAGUCAACAACAAAAAAA